AUGAACACAACGAGAAUCUUUCUCCCUAUCUGCAACCAACUCAGGCUUCACACCUCCUGUAGCCUUCGCCUCGUCGGUCGCUUCCCCACUGAUAUCGGUCGCACUUUUUAUCCCGCCACACGCCAGUAUUCCCACAAGGUGCGAACGACAAUGAAUAUUUCCGACAAUGAUCGGCCUCAUAAGCUAUCGAAACGGGUCCCUACAAUGGAAACAAAUUUUAAUCACGCCGACCGACUGGAACGACUCCUCCAAAAGGACCGAUUUAAAACCUGGGGCUUUGUGAUUUAUCGCUGCACAUAUCGAAGCGACUCCGACUGGAACAGAUUCAUGACUCGACUUCUCUCCCAUGUUACCGAGUAUCUGGACUUCUACAACGGCCUGGAUCUACUAGACAGCUUUGCCCCUACAGUCUUCGAAGACCAAUCCUUUGACGGCGCGACUACCACUCUUCUACGCAAGCAUUUUCAAGAGUGGGCUGCAACAGCACCGCAAGUGGAGCAGGCAAAUGAUCAUUCUCGCUUCCCACAAUCGGAUCGGUAUCGCCUCUUCCUCAUGGUGGACCAGGAGGCUUUGGAAUCAGUUCUGAGUGUAUCCGACCCGGAAUGCAGGUCUGAAACUGGAUUCGUGCGUUUGGUAAACGGGGUAUGGAAGCCGGAGGAACCGGACGAGGAGGAAUUGGAGGAGCUUGAAAUAUCGGACCCGUCGGAGCUUGAGAUACAUGAACCGUUAGAGGGUGUGCUUUGGAGGAUGUCGGCUGGAUGA